CAUGGGCGCCACCAUAUUUAGACUACUGGCGCCGUCUAGCGUCUGCUUGGCGGCGACGCCAUAUUGGACUGUCGUUGAUCAGCCUCCGCCGGCGUAUCGCUGCUGUUGCGAUCAACGAGCAGGGCUAAAAACGUUUGUUGCUUUCCACAUCUGUGUUUCUCCGUGUCUCUCCGUGUCUUCGGCUUUCACAGAGUCGUCUUGCCACUUUCGUGCUAUUCCGAUCAGUGUCGAGAGGCAUCGGCUACACAUCGAGACGAAAACGUUCCUGCUGGCAGCGGCGGUACGACUACGCGCGACGGCCGGAUGGCGCCGGCAAGCGUCAGCUCAGCGCUGCUGCUUUCACCGACGAUUCUCUGUGGCUUAAUUCUCCUCAGCGUCGCUCCUCGCUCAGCGUCCAAGUAUCACCAGUGUUGAGAGGUGUCGGUUUAGCAUUAUUAAGGCGAAUACAUUCCUGUUGUGAGCACCCGUGGCUGUGAAUCAGUCCGUGCGAUUGCGGAAUGGCGUCGACAUCAGCCACUGUCGGCUUGCCGCCAGAUUCUCAAGCACCCGUCGAUAUCGGAGACAAUAGCACAUACAGCCACCCAAAUGGAGUCACUGCUUGGUGUGAAGACAUACGGGAGUGGCCAAAUGUGAAUGCGGCAGAUAUUAUAUUUUACCUCGUGAACUCCAAGGCAUGUGAUUUUCAACAGAUCAAAAACUUCAGGGCCCUCGAGUCCUAUAACUACGUGCAAAGUGGGUGGGUGGGGAAAGUUUUCACUCACAAGAUCUCGAGUGACUUAUGUUACGUGAAGGGCACGGUAAGCCCUUCUCAGUCCCUGAAUGCAACACCAAGGACUGCUUGGGCGUGCGUGAAACAAUGCGGAGAAGUUGUCACAGCCGGAUGCACUUGCAUGGCCGGGCUAGGAAAAGCCUGUAGCCACGUCGGUGCAAUCUUAUGGAAAAUAGAAAUGGCUGUGGCAAAAGGCUAUACUACAACUUCUUGCACAGACAGGGCUGCAUUGUGGAACAGUGGCACAAAACGCAAUGUUGAACCAGCCACGCUUGAAGAAAUAACUUUCAAGGUGCAGAAGCAGGUUGUGGAUGAUCCCCCCCCAAAGCGGCAAAGACCAUCAUUUGUGCCAAUGACCCGAGAAGAAAUCCGCAAAUUUCAUGCUGAGUCACCGUUUCCAUACCUAUUUGAUACCCCAGGCACUCUUCUCUAUGAGACGUUCCAUCCAAGCAUGCAGCGGCAAGUGCCUCCACCACCAGCCAAUGAUGGGAAUGAGCAUGGCGACCACGGAAACGAAAGCUGUGUGGUGUGCACUACAUUUUAUGAAAAGUAUGUGGCAUUGUCACCCCGUGGUGCUGAGGUGCUUCAGUCAGAAACUGCAAGCCAAGCAACGCCACUGUGGUUUUUUUCGCGGAAGCUACGUUUGACUGCCUCAAAUGUCAACAAGGUACCGAAAAGAGAGACUACGGGAUGCGAGAAAGCAGCCAUGAGGAUGCUUUCCACCAGCUUUUCUGGCAAUGCUGCCACCAAGUAUGGCAAACAGAUGGAGCCUGUUGCCCGAAAGCAGUUUUCAAAAAAGACUGGGCUUACUGUAAACCAAAUAGGAACAGUGGUGAACACUGAGCUGCCGUGGCUUUCAGCUAGUCCGGAUGGAAUUAUUGAAGGAAUGGAUGCCAUUCUUGAAAUCAAAUGUCCCAACAUGAAUGACUGUGUGCCACUUAUCAGUAGUGGCAAGUAUGAUGUGCGGCUAAACAAAGAUGCCGAACUUGUACUUCAAGAGAGUGGGCCAAAUGGCUAUUACAGCCAGGUCCAGUUUCAGAUGCUCUGCACCAAGACCCAGAUAUGCUUUUUUUAUGUAUGGAGUGUGGAAAAUGAUGUCAUUGUUCAAGUGCCUUUUGAUCCCAAGUAUGUGUCGCAGACUUUACCACGGCUGAAAAAAUUCUAUUUUUCAGAGCUACUUCCUCGCUUGUUAGAUUUACACACCAGUGGCAAAAUGGAUAUACUUCAUCGAUAUAAGCAUAUUUGCUCAUUAUAGUUGAAUUCACGCACUUAUCGACAUUCCUAUUAUUAGUGAGAAGCUUUGCCGCAAUUUGAACAAAGUGACCGUUCCCCUUACCUCUCUUUCUCUGCGUACGGCAACCUCGCAUCGAAUUCAGCCUUCAACGUCGUGCACAGCAUGGGUUGUCAUUCAAAGCGUUAUGUAUGUUAUAGAAUUUGUCGUCCUACCUCGUUCCUCACACGACGUUAUUCUUGGAUGGAAUUUCCUAUCUGUCAAUCAAGCUCUUAUCGACUGCGCUCGUGCCGAACUUACGUUAUCAGUGCCGUGCUUCGACCCUGACGACCAUUUUUCUCCUAAAGUUGUUGCCGCCUCUGACAUCGAUAUCGCACCUUGCUCCGCCGCUCUGGUUCCUGUGUCAUGUAACUCUGCUGCGAACUCAUCUGUUCUGUUUACACCGUCGGCCACUUGUGUGCGCCGCCGGAACUUUCUGCUUCCGUUUGCUGUCGUCACUUUUUGCGACGGUUCUGCUGCCCUUUACGUCUGCAAUCCGUCCGCCUGCCCAUCAUCUCUACUCCGCGGCGAGUGCCUGGGUACAGCUGAAGCUUUCGAUAGCGUUCUCCCGGCCACCAUGUUUGGUGAUACGGCAUCACUUCCGAUUUGUUCCGUCACUAAUCCCGGCGCGACUGAUGCCCCUGCAGACGUCUUCGCUCGUGCCGUCAACGCAGAACUCACACCUGCGCAGCAAACAGAAAUCAUCAAACUCCUCCAACGUUUUCGUUCCUCAUUUGACAUUGACCAACCAUCCUUGGGUCGAGCAUCCGCAGUCGUUCACCGUAUCGACACCGGUCAACAAACACCAUUGCGCCAGCGUCCCUAUCGUGUGUCGGCUGCUGAACGCCGUAUCAUCGACCAGCACGUUGACGACAUGCUGGAGCGUGGCAUCAUCCAGCCCUCCAACAGUCCCUGGGCAUCUCCGGUUGUCCUCGUUAAAAAAAAGGAUGGCUCUAUUCGGUUCUGCGUAGACUAUCGCCGUCUUAUCCGAAUAACGCGCAAAGAUGUCUAUCCUCUGCCGCGCAUAGACGAUGCCUUGGACUGUCUGCAGGGAGCGGAAUUCUCUUCGUCGCUGGAUUUGCGGUCCGGGUACUAGCAAGUGCCAAUGGCAGAGGCCGAUCAUCAAAAGACGGCCUUCGUAACGCCUGAUGGGCUAUAUAAAUUUACUGUCGUGCCGUACGGCCUCUGCAACGCGCCUGCCACUUUCGAGCGAAUGAUGGACACCAUUCUUCGAGGGCUGAAGUGGAAAACGUGCCUCUGUUAUUUAGAUGAUAUUGUGGUUUCUUUCUACCGACUUUGCAUCACACCUCAACCGCCUCGAGCAAGUAUUUGCGUGCCUCUCCACUGCAGGACUCCAACUAAAUUUGAAGAAAUGCCACUUCGGCGCUCGUACGCUUACUAUUCUCGGCCAUGUAGUUUCAAAAGAUGGUAUCCUUCCGGACCCCACUAAACUUAACGCCGUAUCCGAGUUCCCUAAACCAACCACCAUGAAAGAGCUUCACAGCUUCAUCGGCCUGUGCUCAUAUUUCCGACGCUUUGUCCGUAACUUUGCCUCUGUCAUUGCCCCCUUGACGCAGCUUCUCACCGGCAGUUCUGACCUAUCAGCCUGGUCCUCGGCGUGCGACGACGCAUUCCAAGAACUACGACGCGUUCUCACCUCGCCUCCAGUACUGCGACACUUCGAUCCCUCUGCCCCAACUGAGAUCCAUACGGACGCUAGUGGUGUCGGGCUCGGCGCUGUUCUCGCACAACGCAAGGAUGGCUUCGAAGAGUACGUCGUCGCGUAUGCCAGCCGCACCCUUACCAAAGCCGAGGCGAACUACUCGGUUACUGAGAAGGAAUGUCUGGCCAUCAUUUGGGCUAUCGGCAAAUUUCGUCCUUAUGUGUACGGGCGUCCAUUUGACAUCGUGACCGACCAUCAUGCCCUAUGCUAAUUAUCUUCACUAAAAGAUCCAACUGGUCGGCUUGCCCGUUGGGCAUUGCGCCUACAAGAGUACGACAUCCGCGUUGUUUACCGCUCAGGCCGAAAGCAUUAAGACGCCGACGCUCAAUCCCGGUCACCCCUGCCCUAUGGUCCUGUCCAUUCGUCUAUCUCUACCUGCGGUGCCUUCGCCCUCAACAUUUCCGACAUGCCAUCAGAGCAGCGCAAAGACCCAUGGAUUUCUUCGCUUAUUGACUUCCUGUCCAGCCAGUCGCCAGCACCGAUCUCUCGGACGCUUCGUUGCCAAGCCACGCACUUCAUCAUUCGGGAUAACCUGCUGUACCGCCGCAACAAUUCCAGCAGCCGUAAGUGGUUGCUUGUUAUACCCCGACACCUCCGCUCCGACAUCUGCGCCACGUUCCACGACGACCCACAAUGCGGCCACGCUGGUGUAUUAAAGACAUACUCUCGCCUCCAGCUUCGGUACUACUGGCGCGGUAUGUACCGUUUCGUUUGCCAGUAUGUUUGGUCAUGCCACAUAUGCCACCGACGCAAGACGCCACCUCAACAUGCCACCGGCGCCUUGCAACCUUUACCAUGCCCCGCACGCGCGUUCGACCGCGUCGGCAUUGACCUAUACGGUCCGCUUCCCAACACUCCAAGCGGCAACCGCUGGGUUAUUGUUGCUAUCGACCACCUCACGCGGUACGCUGAAACUUCAGCCCUAGCAUCUGUCACAGCAAAAGACGUCACCAGUUUUCUCCUUCAAAAUCUGAUUUUACGCCAUGGAGCACCUCGAGAAUUACUGAGCGACCGCGGUCGCGUUUUUCUCUCAGACGUCAUUGCAGCUUUGCUAAAGGAGUGUCGCAUCAUUCACCGCACUACCACAGCAUAUCAUCCUCAAACUAAUGGGAUGACAGAACGUUUGAACCGCACCCUUGGUGACAUGAUGGCCAUGUAUGUUUCAUCUGACCACUCGAAUUGGGAUCGCAUUCUACCUUUCGUCACCUACGCUUACAAUACCGCCACGCAAAGCACCACUGGGUUCUCCCCUUUCUUUCUUCUUUACGGACACGAACCUUCAUGCACUAUGGACACGAUUCUACCUUACCGGCCAGAUGCUUCGGAGUGGACGACUGUUUCUAGAGCGGCUGCUUACGCCGAAGAAUGUUGCCAGCUCGCUCGUUCGUUCACAUCCCAGGACCAGUGGCGUCAAAAGCUUCGCCACGAUUCAUCCACUACGGCUAGGUGCUUUGCGCCUGGCUCGCUGGUCUGUUUGUGGGUGCCCUCUACUCCUCCAGGCCUUUCCUCCAAGCUGCUCUCCAAGUACCACGGUCCUUAUCGGGUACUCAAACAAACAUCCGCGGUCAACUACCUCAUCGAGCCACUCGAAACGCCUUCCGACCAGCGUCGUCGGGGCCAGGAAAUUGUCCACGUCUGCCGGCUGAACCAGUGCCAUGACCCACCUGUGAUCUCCUGUCCUUGAGUCGCCAGGAUAGCUACUCUUUCGGUGGGGAGCGAUUGUACUGAAGGCACUGGGCAGUGGGCAUGGUGCUGGUGCAUGAGAAGACGACGAGAAGUGCUUGCUUACCCGUUACGAUAUAGCGCCGACCUGUUUAAGCCUAGCGCUACAACCUAUAACUAGUGACCCUUCUGCUAGGCGAACACCCCCGUUGCAAUGCACAUUGUCGUAGCAAGUGUAAAACCAGGCAUCAUCAUAUUCAGCUUGAUCACGCCCACUGCAGGGCAAAGGCCUCUGUUGUAUCACUCCAAUUAAUCCGGUCCUGUGCUAUUCGCGACCAUGUUAUCCUCACAAACUUCUUAAUCUCAUCUGCCCAUCCAAUUUUCUGCCGCCCCUGCUACGCUUGCCUUCUCUUGGAAUCCAGUCAGUUUAAGGACCGUUUAUAUUGCCUUCUCAUUACAUGCCCUGCCCAUGUCCAUUUGUUCUUUAUUUUGAUGAGGAUGUCAUUGACUCGCAUUUGUUCUUUGACCAGCUAAGCCCUCUUUUUGUCCCUUAACGUUACACCUAUCAUUUUUCUUUCCGUGGCUCGCUGUGUAGUCCUCAAUUUAAGUUGAACCCUUUUGGUAAGCCUCCAGGGUUCGGCCCCAUAGGUGAGCACCGGUAAGAAGCAGCUGUUAUAUAAUUUCUUCUUGAGGGAUAUUGGUAAACUGCCAUUCAUAAAACCAGGCAUGUGGGGACAUAUAUAUUCUUUAAGUGUCAGACUAUCACUUCAGUUAUUUUUUUCGUUCGAGGAAAGUGACAGUCACAACCCACAUUGUACACUCACACACUUUUGCAGGCCGUGCUUAAUUUGUGAUGUGUUUCACCAAGUUUCGUCUUUUUGCAGCAAGGAAAUGCUCUUCCCUUUUAUGGCAUCAUUUCGAUAUUAAUUGCCAUUAUCAAGUGUGUCCACUGCAGGACAAAGGCAUAUCCCACAAAUCAAUCCUAUGCUAUGCCAGCUGCAGCCAAUUUACCCGUGCAAACUUCCUAAUCCCAUCUGCCUGAUUAUCUGCCUAACCCUGCUACCAUUCACUUCUCUUAGACUGCUAUAUCUCUAAGGGAACAUUGAUCGUGUUGCCUUGGAAUCACAUGCCAUGCCCAUUUUUUUCUUGGUUGAGCUAGGGUACCAUUAUCUCGUGUUCGUUCCUGAACCACUCUGCUCUCUUCCUGUCUCUUAAUGUUGCCCCCUAUAAUUUUCCUUUUCACAGCUCAAUGCGUUGUCCAUUUUGCUAGCAUCCACAUUUCUGCCUCAGAAGCGAGUACAGGUAAAGUACAGCUAUUAUAAAUGUUCCUCUCAAAGCAUACUCGUAAUCUGCUGUUCGUGAUCAGAGUGUCUCCUAAGUUCACUCCAUAUCAUUCUUAUUGUUUAUUUCGCUCACAUGGUCCGAAUAUGCGGUCAUUACCUGCCAUAAGUACACAUACUCUCUUUACCACUUCCAAUGUUUUGCAGGAAAGUAAACUGUGGUUCCGUUUAGAGGGUGUUGAAGAUUACUUUAGUCUUCUACAUAAUAAUAUUUAGAGUCACCAGUUUGCUUAGCCUGUCUAGCUUCUCAGUCACGUUCUGCAAUCCAUACCUGCCAACCUGGCGAGAUAAAAAAAUCGGGAGACUUUAUUUGCGGCAAUGGAGGGGGUGGGCCAUUCACUGCUCUAACGUCCGGUGGGACCAGGGGGGGGAAGGGGAGGGAGGGGUUGUUCAAUCUUUCAAGCAGUGUUCGACGAGUCCUUUUGCAGGGACCUUGCAGUAGCAGACUUUGCUCGCUUCAAAACUUUGACGGAGUAGCUCUGCUCGAAACAUGGUCCAGACUGAUGGCCCUUCUCUAGCAGCAGGUUUUGGAGGGUUGUGUUGCACUGAUGAGUGGAAUUCGGUCCUAGUUUUUCGCACCGUGCUAAAAACCCUCUCACACUCUGCAUUGCUGUGCGGUAUCUCGAGUAAAUUCAGCAUCACCUUGGCAACUCGGUGAAACAUCUGUUUUCCGUUAGUAUUUUUCAUUUUUUCCAUUCAUAGACCACUGCACAUCGCACCUUUCUUCAUUCAGAAUGUCCUCUGGAAAACUGUACGCUUGUAGUGUUGCAAACUCGGCUUCAAGAGCAUCUAAAGCAUCUUCAGCAGAUUUAUUGGAAUCUCGGGGCAGCAGCUGAGGGAAACUCUGAAUAAAGUAACAAGGACUCGAGAGCGAUGCCUCUCAAAUAAAUUUUAGGUUGGCCACCUCCGUAUUCUUCAGAGUUGCAUUUUCAAGUCGGAAUAUGUUCCUCAUGAAAUCGCACACAGUGAUAAAGUAAGAGCGGACACAAGUUAAAAAUUGAUCUGAUCAUGUGAACUAAGUUUCGCUAACAAUGCUGCUGUACCGAACUGUACCCAAUGACCAGAUCACUGUCUGCCUUCUGAUUGCGGAUAUCUUGAUAUAGAACUUCAAGCGGAGAAGGAGCAACCUUUACAGCAGUUGGCAAGGCAAACCUAGUCAAAAGCUCAGUGAGGAGUUUGAGCAGAACCGACUGCAGAAUAUGUAUUUGAGGUGCCUGUGACUGUAGCUGGCAAUUGGCUUUCUCAAAAAGCGAAAUCACACUUUAAAAAAAAAUCCAAAAGCCAAGUUAAUGUCGGAGGUCAAAAAAUGAAGCAGCCUUUCACGAGUCGGAACAAUUUCUUGUCUUGCAGACUCUGUUAACAUUUUGGCUUCUUUUGUAGCUGGGGCAUCCUUCUCGGUUGGUGCUUUACGCCUGCGACUGGCUUCGUUGGACUUUGCACCUCCUGAUGAUUCAGGCCUACGAGGAAUCUGAUAAGACUUUAAAAUGGAUGGGUGCUGCUUCUUUGAUUUGAUUUCUUUGAGAGGUUUAACCAGAGGUUGCCACUGGUCAAGAAUUCUUAUCAGGCACUUGCCUAGUCACAACAAGUCGGUACAUGCUUCAACAUUUUUUGCAUUUCUACAUUGUGCAUCUCUUGAAAUUCAGACAGCUUGUCCUGGCGUUGAGAGCUUUUCUCCAAGUAAUAAAAGAUGUCCACAAGAACCUCGCCAAACUUAGCCGGCAAGCACGUGGCUCCUUCUCAGCAGCAAGGUUAAUUAGAUGGUAUGGGCAGCCAAUCACAACCAAGUUUUCUUGUUCCUCCUUUAAGACUGCGGCGAUGCCGUCUUUUUUCCCUAGCAUAACAUUUGCGUUGUCGGCACAAGACGCAAUGCAGUUUGACACAGGCACGUCAAAGGUUUCCAUUGCCUUCAACACGACGUUCCUGAUUUUUCGUCCCGUCGCCUCCCCAUGGAGUUCCUGAAUUCUGAAUAACCUACUUUCAAUGCGCGAGCAUUCCUCGACGUAGUACGUCCCCACAAUCGGGUACAGCUGUGCAGUAGUGUUGUUGCUGCCGUCGACCGCAACAGCAAAAGCACAAUGCUUGAUGGUCUUCAGCAUCGUGCUCUGCACCUCUGAUGCCAUUUCUCCUACAAUUGCGCUUGCCUUCGUACGUCCGCAUCCAUAAUGCUUCGCCUCGUCGCAUUUCGGAAACAUUUUCCGUAGAAGAGGCCCGACGUGGUCGCUGACACUAAGGGGCAGGUUGUGUUCGACGAGGAUUCCCGUAAACAGGCCCUCCGCACGUAUGACACUGUCAUCGCAGUUGUUCCGAAGGAAGUUCACCAUGUUGCCUUGCUGCUCAGCGUUGCGAACAUACCUUUGAUGCUUCGCCGUGGAAACACGAAGUUUCACGUCGCCUUUGCCACCGUGCGACACGAUGGCAUCGCAUCCACAUGUGCAAAAUGCAAAAUGUUUUCUUGAUGCCAAAAAGAACGGAAAUUUGGAAGUAUAUGACAGUAAAAAACUUCUGCAGAUACCUUUUCUUGGGCUUUGGUAGCACCAUGGUAUCAGGCACACAAUAACUUUACACGCUGCGCCGCACACAGACGGCAUAGCCAACACUAAUCACACACUGUGACACAUACGUAGCAAUAACAAGAUGCACAAUGGAAGAAGGCAUGCACAGGCAUACAUGAAAUGCAAGAGCGACAUUGGCUCUGGCUUUGGUUGGCCUUCUAAGCACCGUAAUUGGCUGCUUAAUUGAUGAUACCGAUGGUGCUAGCGCAGCCGUUGUUGGUGAUGCCGACUAUUACGAUGUGGCUGGAGAUUCCGCGGUGCCGGUUUUGCAAAAACCAUUAUUGCGCGAACAGAGACCGCUUUUCGGGAGAUAUCAUGCAGUGAUCGUACAAUUGGAAAGUUCAGUAAAAAAUCGGGAGUCUCCUGGGCGAAUUUUCAAGCAGAAGGUUGCAUUGGAAGUGCUGUCCUUAACAAAUGAAAUGCAAAGAAAACAGACAAUCUUAAGGAGGCCAAUAUAAUAGCUACUGGAAAAUUAAUAGAAGCUACUUUUGUUAGCAGUUCCACCCGCCGGUCCACAUGCCGUGAAGCUGACAGCCCAAUAUUAAUUAUUCAGUCUGCCCGAGUUGAAUUCUUGUUUUACUGUUCGCGUUUCUUUUGUUGAACACCGUACAGUAAGGUACCAUGACAGUUCACUCGGUACCAGUACAUUCACAUAAGCUGCUUCACAAAUAUAGCAAAAUAAGUGUUUAUAGUCGAGCCUGUCAAUGAACUGAUGUAAGGAACUGUGAAAUGAUUACUUCAGGUUUUAGAAGAAAUUAGCUGCGUUAAAGGUUUUUGAACCAUGUGCAAACAAGAUAAAAUUCUCACACCAGUGCCCAGUAUGUUGGCGUGUAUGGUGCCCAUUGCAGUCAUGCAUAAAGUUCACUUUAUACGAAACAAAAAUGUGUACCAAUUACUUAACACAAGGACAAAUCAGUGAAUUCCUUUUCAGUCAUUUAUGCCUUUAUGCCUUUUUGCCUUGCUAAUGAAGUUAUGUGCAGAUAUUCUGACAAAUUAUUGAGCAUCUUAGUUGAUGCCAACUGUGUUUUUGUACAUUUCCUCCUCUCUGACAAAUGUACCGUAAUUUGUGUGCCUUUGUUGCUCAAUUGUAUAGACGAGCUUCAUGCUCAACUUUCAAAUGUUGGCGAAGGUCCCUGGCACAUUGAGACUAGGACUGCUGUUCACAGGGGUGCCCUGAAACUGAAGUUGGAAAAUUAGAUUCUAGUGUAACAGAGUGAUG